AGGCAGAUGACACUUCCAGGGCCACUUGAGCUGCCUGGGAGACAGGCAAGGGUCCUGAGACGCCCCCAGAGUCCAGGCGGGGCAGGUAGGUGGGGUUUUGUGGACAGGAAGCGGAAGCCUGGGUCACCCCCAACUGCAGCGGGGAGCAGGCACUCACUUCACUCAGCACAGCCGGAGCAGGAGGCUGUAGCCAUGGCCCUGCCCAGCGCCCUGGGGCUCGGGCUGUUGCUGACCCUGCCGCCGGGGGUCUUGAGCUCGGGCUCGAAGGCCAAAUCCGACUCUAGCUCGUUGACCGUGGUCCUGCUGCUGCUGCUGCUCCUGCUGCUGGUGGCCGGCCUGGCACUGGCCUGGCGCCGCCUCAGCCGUGACUCGGGGGGCUAUUACCACCCGGCCCGCCUGGGUGCCGCUCUGUGGGGCCGCACCCGCCGCCUCCUCUGGGCCAGCCCCCCAGGACGCUGGCUGCAGGCCCGGGCUGAGGCGGGGCUGGAGAAGGACCCCGAGUGUCCAGAGCAUGAGCAGGACUCGGAUGACGAUGAGGACGACUACCAGCUGGACGGCGGCGGCCAGGAGGUGGUGGACAUGCGGGAGGAGUCGCUUCGGUGUGGAGAGGGGCCCGGCGCCCAGGAGGGCCCUGAAGAGGCUGAGGAGGCACAGGCCAGGGGAGACGGCAGGGCGGGCCUGGGCCUCGGCUCACGGGGGGCGGCGGGCAGUGCCGAGGCCCUGCUGAAUGACCUGCACGCCUUUGCUGGCAGCGCGGCCUGGGACGACAGCGGGGUGGCGGCCCUCCAUGUCACUGCGCUCUAGGCUGUCAUACCCCAUCCCUGGCCUCACAAGCUGCCACUGUCCCUUCACCUGCCCCCGACCUGAGCCCCCCCUCCCCCCCCGGGGAAGCCACCCAUCCCUUGGCAUGCACGGCCAUUGGAAAUAAAAACCCUUCCAACCCCAA